GCGUCCAUAUUUUUAGAGCAGCUGCUGAGAGGAAGGUCGUUGUUAUUGUCACCGCUGCUGAAAGUGAGCAGGUCAUCGCUUUAAACCGCGUUGUUAAACUCAGCGGAAACUUUCAUCUAAAAAUAACGCGUUAAAACACUUUAGUGUGAGAAUGGAAGUGACCGAGUCUAUAGUCACAAACAGCACACUUUUAACUGCGGACACCGAAAAGUCGAAAACAGAGUUUGUGUGGACGUUACAGGCCACAUGGCACUUGGUCCGUGUUCGUCUGGACAUGGAGGCGGAGUUCGAUCAGCCCGUGUGUAAAAAGAAGAGACUGUGGGAGGGCGUGGCCGAGCAAGUGACGGCAAGGUUAAGGGCUGAGGGCUACGCAGACGUCCCUGUCCGAGCCUUCGAGUGCGACCUGAAGUGGAGGAACAUGCUGGCGACGUACAGGAAGAACGCAGAACGCGCAAAGCGCCUCGGAGCUCACGCCGUGCACUGGGAGUUCUUCGGGGCCAUGGACCAGGUUCUCGGCCGCAGCUACGAGGAGAUCGAAACUCAGCGCAAAGCCAAGCUCAGUAACACCAAGCUGGGGAAAGCCAUGGCGAGCAAACACUACACACCAAUCCUGCCCACACCCACAAUCACCACCCUGCCCGGCCCCGCCCCUUCCCGCCCUCCUCAGGACGUUCUGCAGCUGUACCUGGAGCUCCAGGAACGCAAGCUGAACAUGUGGGCUCAGCAGAAAGUGCUGGAGGAGAGGAAGAUCGAAGCUAUCAACAACCUCGCUCGUGCCAUCAGCAGCCUGGCACAGGACGCCGUGACCACGCCCAAAGACACUUUCGUCUCACAGUCACUCGCUUCUCUGUCCUCUCAGCAUUAACAGCUCCACCUAUUACUCCAUCCUCAUCUUCAGGGUCUUUUCCUGAUCCAGCCAUCAGGUGUCUGAGAGACAGUCAGAGAGACGCAUCAGCUUGUGAACUGUUUCCUGAAACGACUUCACUUUCCUUGUUGUGUGUUAAAAUGAAUACAAUCAAAACGUGUGUGUGUUGAUUCACAUCAGAAAUCUACUUUAACUCCUUAAACAACUCAACAUUCUGUAAAUAUGCUAAUUAGGUUAUAAUAUUUAGGUUAAGAAACUUGUCACUGGUUGAUGUGGCAGUGCAUGACUGCUCAUUUGCAUACCGAAUCAGGAUUCAUGCCCAGACGGUGCAACUAAACAUCAGGAGGUUUUAGGUUUCAUUUAUAAACUGUUAUAAACUGUUAUAAAGCUGUAACAUCAUUUGUAAAUGAUGAACUUUGAUGUUUUUAAUUCAGCAUUACAGAAAAGCAAACGUUCUACACUUCAGUUUGCUGUAAAAAACAGACAUUUAAUCCUCACAUAUUAAAUACAACGAUCCACAACGUCUGUUGCUCUGAACAACCUUCACUAAUAAAACAAUUAUUCUA